UCCUCCCUCACACACUCACACACACUCGCACUAAAAACACGACACUAGUGAUACAAACACUCCGGCCAGUGGCUCAUCAUUAUCAUAAUCAUCAUUAAAGUCUCUGGAGAAUUAAUGAGAAACUGACUCUGAAAUCUGGACAUGCAUUUCUGCAUAAGGAUCAUUGAAUAACAAGCAGCAUCUGUUCAAACCUCAUUGAAUAUCUUCAUCCAGCUGGGCGAAACACGAAGAGUUGUGCAGGAUGUUUUCGUCAGUGAAGCCCUUUGAAGGCCAGCAGUUUUCAGCCCUGAGGAAACAGUGUCAGCAGAACCGCACGCUGUUUGAAGACACAGUUUUUCGUGCCGAGGAUCAGUCGCUCUUUCUUCAGGGAAACCGCCUUGGAAAAGUCACCUGGAAAAGGCCGAAGGAUCUGUGUGAAGACCCUCAUCUGUUUGUGAACGGCAUCAGUGCUCAUGAUCUGAACCAGGGGCAGCUGGGAAACUGCUGGUUUGUGGCCGCCUGUUCCAGUUUGGCCUCCAGAGAAGCCCUGUGGCAGAAGGUCAUCCCGGAUUGGAAGGACCAGGAAUGGGACAAGGAUAAACCGGAGAGCUAUGCUGGGAUUUUUCACUUUCGGUUCUGGCGUUUUGGAGAGUGGGUCGAUGUUGUAAUUGAUGACCGGCUGCCAACCGCAAAUGGGAACCUCAUUUACUGCCACUCCAAUGACAGUAAUGAGUUCUGGAGCGCUCUGGUGGAGAAAGCCUAUGCAAAGUUGUGUGGCUGUUAUGAGGCUCUGGAUGGUGGAAACACAGCAGAUGCUCUGGUGGACUUCACUGGUGGUGUUUCUGAGCCCAUGGAUCUACUGGAAGGGAAGUUUGCUCAGGAUGAAGAGGCUCGGCAUCAGCUCUUUGAUCGGGUCCUGAAGGUCCACAACAGAGGAGGCCUCAUCAGCUGCUCAAUCAGAGCCACGACUCAGGCAGACAUGGAGGCGCGUCUGGACUGUGGUCUGGUCAAAGGUCACGCAUACGCAGUCACAGACGUGCGUAAGGUGCGUUUGGGCUCCGGCCUGCUGGCCUUCUUCAAGUCAGAGAAACUCUCCAUGAUCCGCAUGAGGAACCCGUGGGGCCAGAGGGAGUGGAACGGGGCCUGGAGCGACAGCUCAGAGGAGUGGAAGCGGGUCAGUAAAGGCGAGCGAGAGCGUAUGGGUGUGACCGUGGAGGACGACGGAGAGUUCUGGAUGGAUUUCGAUGAUUUCUGCAAGCAUUUCACAGACUUGAUUCUGUGUCGUCUGAUCAACACGUCGUACCUGAGCAUCCAUAAGACCUGGGAGGAGGAAGUGAUGCGGGGUUGCUGGAAUCGCCAUGAUGACCCGCUGAGGAACCGGAGCGGAGGCUGCAUCAACCACAAGACCACAUUCCUGCAGAACCCACAGUACGUGUUUGACGUGACGAAGGCCGAGGACGAGGUUUUGAUCUGUUUACAGCAGCAGGACAAGAGAAUUCGAGCUAAAGGAGAAAACAUGGCCAUCGGCUUCGACAUACAAAGGGUGGAGCUGAACCGCACGUACCGCAUGCACUCCAUUCAGAAAUCAGUGGGCAGCUCCAUCUAUAUCAACUCCCGCAGUGUGUUUCUGCGCAAGGACCUGAAGGAGGGCCGCUACGUCAUCGUGCCCUGCACCUUUGACCCGGGCAUGCAGGGAGACUUUCUGCUGCGCGUCUUCACUGAUGUGCCUUCAAACUGCAAAGAGCUGACAGUGGACGAGCCGCCGCAGACGUGUUGGACCAGUUGUUGUGGGUAUCCUAAACUGGUGACCCAGGUUCAUGUUAUCAGAGCAGACGGACUCAAGGCUCUGGACGGAGAUGGAUCGUCUGACCCGUACAUCAUCAUUAGCUGUGAAGGAGAGAAGGUUCGCUCUCCGGUGCACAAAGACACACAGAGUCCAGACUUCGACGUCAAGGCUGUUUUCUACAGGAAGAAGCCCAAACAGCCUAUCCGCAUUCAGAUCUACAAUAAGAACAUCCUGAGUGACUCGUUCAUGGGUCAGGUGACUCUGAGCGGCGACCUGUCUGACCUGCAGCAGCUUCACACCCUCCGCCUGCAGGAUAAGGGCAGCCGUAAAAACAAUGAUCUCCCGGGCCUGCUGUCUGUCAGCCUGACCACCAGCGACGUCCUCACCAACAUCUGACCGUCAGCAUCUUCUGCUCCGCUGGUAAAACACUUCAUGUGCUGCAUCACACAUAUAAUGCUCUUUUUUUUCUCGGGAAUGUUUCUUGGAUGCUAAAUGUUCCUGUUUACUUCACUUAAAGGGACAGUUCACUUAAAAUAUAUAAAUAAUGACUGUUUACUCACGCUCAAGCUUUUAUGAGUUGUUUUUUCCCUGUUGAACACAUAAAUAGAUGAUUUUAUUUUAUUGUAGAUUGUUGGAAACCGUUAUCCAUUGACAUCCAUAGUAUCAAAGGUAGCAAACAUUCUUCAAAAUAUCUUGUUUUGUGUUCAACAGAAGAAAAAAACAGAUGAGCACUGCAAAAACUGGCUUCCAAAUAUCUAUUUUAUUGUAGAUGUUUGGAAAUUAUUAUCCAUGUACAUCCAUAGUAUCAUAUUAAUGGUUAGCAGUUUCCAACAUUCUUCAAAAUAUCUUCUUUUGUGGUCAACAGAAGAAAGAAACUAAGCGGAUGAGCACUGCAAGUUUUUAUAUAAACACUCUUAAAUCGUAAAGCAUUUUCUAGAUAAGUAAAAGAAUAUUGUGCUGUUUUCAGAAAUAAUGUGUCAAAAUGAAGCAAGUUUAUCCUUAAAACAAGCUAAAUAAUCUGCCAAUGGGGUAAUCUUAUAUCAAAGUGAAAACAAGAUCCUUUUGCUUACCUCAUUGGCAGAUUAUUUGACUCGUUUUAAAGAAAAACUCACUUCAUUUUGACUCAUUAUUUCUGAAAACAUGAAAAGUUUCUUGGAUGCUAAAUGUUCCCGUUUACUUCACUUAAAGGGACAGUUCACUUAAAAUAUACAAAUAACGACUGUUUACGCACCCUCAAGCUUUUAUGAGUUGUUUUUUCCCUGUUGAACACAAAAAUAGAUGAUUUUAUUUUAUUGUAGAUUAUUGGAAACCGUUAUCCAUUGACAUCCAUAGUAUCAAAGGUAGCAGUUUCCAACAUUCUUCGAAAUAUCUUCUUUUGUGUUCAACAGAAGAAAGAAACAUGAAAAAACUGGCUUUUCUUCAAGUUUUUGUCUAGUUUCUAGUCCAAAUAUCGAAAAAUCCUUAAAUCAUGAAGCAUUUUCUAGAUAAGUUGUGCUGUUUUCAGAAAUAAUGUGUCAAAAUAAAGCGAGUUUUACCUUAAAACAAGCUAAACAAUCCAUGAAAACAAGAUCUUUUUGCUUAACUCAUUGGCAGAUUUUUUGACUUGAAACAAGGAAAACAUCACUUCAUUUUGACUCAUUAUUUCUAAAAACAACUCAAAGCUUUUACUAGUCUUGAAAAUGCUUCUUGACUUAAGAAUUUUUAGAUUUUUGGACUAGAAACAAGGCAAAACCUAGCAUUUUUGCAGUGAGUAAAUGACAACAAUUUACAUUUCUAAGUUAACCAUCCGUCAUUUUUGGGUUUAUGUGCUUUCCACUGUAUUUAUCUUGAUGAUCCGGGUAUUUUAGGACAUGCAUAUAUCAGUAUAUGAGUAACAUGCAGUAUAUGCAUUUAUAAAGUAUGCUAAUUCAGAUGUUUAGUGAUGCAUUUCUAUUCUGGAUGCUAUCAUAAAUUGUCCUUUCAUUUGCCAAACAAACACUUCAGGGUGAAAAAGCGGUAUGGUGAUUUUUCUAUAGGUACUCUAUGCUCUUUUUCUCUCUGGAAUGUUUGUUGGAUGCUAAAUGUUCCCGUUUACUUCACUUAAAGGGACAGUUCACUUAAAAUAUACAGAUAAUGCCUGUUUACGUACCCUCAAGCUUUUUGUUUUCCUGUUGAACACAAAAAUAGAUUUUUUAUUUCAUUGUAGAUUGUUGGAAAUGCUUAAUCAAUUGACAUCCAUAGUAACAAAGGUAGCAGUUUCCAACAUUCUUCAAAAUAUCUUCUUUUGUGUUCAGCAGAAGAAAGAAACAUAGCAGAUGAGC